AUGUCACCUUUGCUCCUUCGCACCAGCAAGCUUCGUCUGUCUUCAUUUGGAAAAAGAAGGACAUGCCCUGGCGCCCAGACCCGCCCAGGAAGCCUAGAUCCGCCCAGGCCGCCUAGGCGCCGCCUAGAUCCCCCCAGGCCGCCUAAGCGCCGCCUAGAUCCUAGCCCCCCUUACUGUGUCGGUGUCCUCCUGCCUAGCCCCUUGGCCGACAUCUCGAACAGUGCUCAAAACCUGGAACGGGCUUGCUCUGUGCCCUAG